GUGUCCGCCCGGCCUGGCCUCGCGCUAUGGAGUACCUCUGGGCGCCACUCUUGGGUCUGUGCUGCAGUCUGGCCGCUGCGGACCGCCACACCGUCUUCUGGAACAGUUCAAAUCCCAAGUUCCGGGAUGAGGACUACACUGUGCACGUGCGCCUGAGUGAUUACCUAGACAUCAUCUGUCCACACUACGAGGAUGACUCUGUGGCAGAAGCUGCCAUGGAGCGCUACACACUGUACCUGGUGGAGCAGGAGGACUACCAGCAAUGCCAGCCCCGCUCCAAAGACCAAGUCCGCUGGCAGUGCAACCAGCCCAAUGCCAAGCACGGCCCAGAGAAGCUGUCAGAGAAGUUCCAGCGCUUCACACCAUUCACUCUAGGCAAGGAGUUCAAGGAAGGACACAGCUACUACUAUAUCUCCAAACCCAUUCACCAUCAAGAAGACCUCUGCUUGAGGUUGAAGGUGACCGUCAAUGGCAAAAUCACUCACAGCCCUCAAGCCCAUGCCAACCCACAGGAGAAGAGACUCCCAGCAGAUGACCCGGAGGUGCGGGUUCUACACAGCAUCGGUCACAGCGCUGCCCCCCGCCUCUUCCCACUUGCCUGGGCUGUGCUGCUGCUGCCGCUGCUGCUGCUGCUGCAAAGCCACUGAAGGGGGCCCACCCUUCCCAGCUCAAGAACUGGAACCAGAGUGAGGGGGUUAGGGGCAGGUAAUGCUCACCUGUCCUGGGGCCCCUCCCACCCCACGCACAAGCUGCCACCCAGCAGCCUCAAAACGGGUCAGUAUUAAGGGUUUCAACCCAAAGGAAGUUGGCCAGCCCGGCAGCGCCAUUCCUGCCUCCGCCUCAGAGUGAUGGAAGAAGUGAGGUCAGUCCCUUUCCCAGCCAUUGCUGCCUUUAAGCCAAAGAAACAAGCUGUGCUGAUGUGACCCCCUUGAACAAGAGCCUCAGGGCUGCACCGAUGGACACUGAGCUUGGCCAAGAUGCUUAGGACGCCCCGAUGGACAGAUCGAAGGCAAGGGGAGCCAGGUACGGGAGAGGCAGCACGCUUGGGCUAACCCAGCACGUCGCUGUCCCAGAGGACGUUCGCAGCACAGCACUGCCUUCUCCCCAACCUGGGGUGGCACACCCCAGAACUGUGGCCAGCAGGGGGAUAUGCCAGCCUGGUCUCAGAGCAUAUGUAGCAGUCAGGGCAGUGCCCGUAUGUACAGACUCCUUAUAGUGUGGCAGGGUCCACGUGUACAGUACCUGUAUAUAAACUCAUUGUGUGUCAUUUCUACAACUGGAGGAUGUUUUUUUUAUAUACCAUAUUCUUUGUCUCAGAAUAAAUGUGUUUGGUUUUGUUUUGUAUG